AUGGUUGGCAUAUCAUCAAAGAAUACUGAUCUGGGUCAGACUUCAGUGGGUGGAUUUUCGCAGAAAGCGAAAAACAUGACAGUUUUGGAUGCGGUAACUCAUGUGAACCAAUCUGGAGUUAAGGAAGAGAACAAAAGGACAUUAGCUACAAAUGCAGGAAACUGGCAGGUGGUUGCCCAUGUGGUUCUAAGUGGAAACAAGCCUUUCAUCUUGGAGUUCUUAAGAUGUGGAGAGCUCAAGGACUUGCAGAAAGAUCCACCUACGUCUUGCAGUGCUGGUCCUGUAGCUGAGGAUAUGUUCCAUUGGCAAGCAACAAUUAUGGGACCUGCUGAUAGCCCAUAUGCAGGAGGUGUCUUUUUAGUUUCUAUUCAUUUCCCUCCUGAUUAUCCUUUUAAACCCCCCAAGGUUGCAUUCAGGACAAAAGUCUUUCACCCAAACAUUAACAGCAAUGGAAGCAUAUGUCUGGAUAUUCUUAAAGAGCAGUGGAGCCCAGCAUUAACUAUUUCGAAGGUGCUGUUGUCUAUAUGCUCUCUGUUGACCGAUCCAAAUCCUGAUGAUCCACUUGUGCCUGAAAUUGCUCAUAUGUACAAGACGGACAGAGCUAAGUAUGAGGCCACUGCUCGUAGCUGGACUCAGAAACUCAAAUUUGGGAAGAAAUGGGUCUGCUAG